CCGCACGGCUGGCGCUGGCGCGGCUCGUCGUCGCUUCUCUCUGCGAUUCGGCGAAGGCGGCGAGCGGAGCGUGGCUCUGCGCCGGCCUUGCGCUGCCAGCUCGGCGGCGCGCGCGGCGAUGCGCCUGCGCCAGCGGCGGCUGCCUCCCAACUACCACCCCCCUUCCACCCUCUUUCCCCACCCCACACCUAGCCCAUCAUGUCCGACGACGAGGUCCACAACCAGAACUUCGAGACGGCCCACGCCGGUGCCUCGCUCACCUACCCGAUGCAGUGCUCUGCUCUUCGCAAGAGCGGACACGUCGUCAUCAAGGGCCGCCCGUGCAAGAUCAUCGACAUGUCGACGUCGAAGACCGGCAAGCACGGCCACGCCAAGGUCCACCUGAUCGCCACCGACAUCUUCACGCAGCGCAAGUACGAGGACAUCUCGCCCUCGACGCACAACAUGGAUGUGCCCAACGUGACGCGCAACGAGUACCAGCUUGUCAACAUCGACGACGGCUUCCUCAACCUCAUGUCCGGUGACGGCUCGUCCAAGGACGAUGUCAAGGUGCCCGAGGGCGAGCUCGGCGAGCAGAUUGAGUCGGGCUUCGAGGACGGCAAGGACCUGAUGGUCACCAUCGUCUCGGCCAUGGGCGAGGAGCAGGCUAUCUCCUUCAAGGAGGCUGGCCCCGGCAAGUAAAUAUGCCGAGCCUAGCGAGUGACACCUCGCAUGCAGAGGAGAAGACGCAUGUGUAGCGGGCAUGUAGAUUGCAAUCGCAUCGCCAUGCGCGCGCGCACUCGUUCAUCCUUCUGCAUCGCACCUUCGUCUGCUCUCGAUCCCACUCCCUCUUCGAUGCGCGCGCCGAACGUCGAAUCAGCAGUGUUGCAUGCUGGCUCGCACUUCGGUGUCGCAUCGCCCUCUCCUUCACUCCCAUCCACAUCUCGCCCUUGCUCUGCCCAUCCCUUGCGUGCAUCCGGCUCAUCGCCGGCACGGCGCUUCUCUCGUGAAAUCAAAAUCUUACGCUUG